AUGUCGACCAUCGUCCCAAAGUCGUCAAGUUGUUCGGGCAUUCCUCCGCCUGCCGAAGAUAUCGCAGCCAUCCUCAACAUCAUAUUCAAUGCUGAUAAGGCACAAGACUCGCUGGACACUGCAUAUGGACUGACGGAAACCUUGAUAAAAUCCAUUGGUGUCCGGGGCCUUCUUGGCUACAACCUGAUUCCAGAGGUCAAGAAGGCUGCGAAUGACAAGAAGAAUGGUGCUAAGCGAGAAAGCGCAAUGUUCAUUCUUGGAGCUCUAUUCGAGAGAUUCCCUCGCGAGGAGCCUCUGAGCGAGGUCAUCUUCCUGCUGCAAGAUGGCGGCCUGCUCUCACUUGCACUUGACGGACUUGCGGACAAAGGUUCUUCGGUUCGUGAAUCAGCUCAAUAUGCCGUAGACGAGCUGUACAAGAAUCUCGAGCCUGAAGCGCUCGUAGUUGGCAUGCUUCCAGCAUUGCAGCGAUAUCUCUUGAAGCCUACAGGAAAAUGGCAAGGUACCGUUGGUGCAUAUACCCUUAUGGGCAGAAUUGCGGACAAGGCAAAGAUGGGAACCGGCAGCAAAGAAGAAGAACAGGCCAAAGAUGUCUUAAGAGAAUCGAUGGGCAGGACACUGAAGGAAUUGAUUCCCAUUGUAGAAGGUGGUAUGCACGACCUGAAAGCUGAAGUUGGUAAAGCAGCCGUGAAAACAAUGACUUCUUUGACUUCGCUCCUACAGAACGACGACGUCGCUUCGCGAAUACCACUACUUAUCGACACAAUGAAGAAUCCCUCAACACAGACUCUACAGAAAGCCAUUCAUGCCCUGUCUCAGACCACUUUCGUUGCUAUAGUCACUUCUCCCGUUCUCGCACUCCUCACCCCACUCCUCGAGCGCUCUCUUAAUACGCCCUCCACAUCACAAGAAGUCUUGAGGCAGACGGUGGUGGUGGUUGAGAAUUUGACGAAACUAGUUCAUGAUCCAGUUGAAGCCCGUGCUUUUCUACCCAAACUCAAACCUGGUGUGCAACAGGUCAAGGACCGAGCGUCGCUGCCUGAAGUGAGAGAGCUGGCCACACGUGCUGUUAAUGUGAUCAACAAAGCAAUGGGAGAUGACAAAGACGGCGUGGCCAAAGGCCAGAUUGUGCGAGUAACGACUGACGACGUUCUCAAGUCCCUUGAUAGUCAGAUUAGAAGCCAGGGAGGUGUGCACCGGGAGGAUGCUGCCGUCUGGAAAGCUGGCCAGACAUACGUCUCCGAAAUGGUUCGAGAAGAUGUCAACACCAGAGCGCUCCAACGAAUUCAUGGUCGUAUAGCACCUUAUUUACGGUCUCUACUGCCGCAACCCAAUUGUGAUGCGGUUGCACAGGGCGUCUAUAAGCAUUUCGUCGAGGAGGACGAACGCAAAUACGGCGAGCCAAUCAAAGAGGACACAGAUGAAGUCGAGAUUGUCAAUGCGGACUUCUCCUUAGCGUACGGAGGUAUGCUUCUUUUAUCCCAUACAAACCUCCGACUGCUGAAAGGCCACCGUUACGGUCUUUGCGGGCGCAACGGAGCCGGCAAGUCGACUCUGAUGCGCAGCAUUGCAGAAGGCAAGCUUGAAGGAUUUCCUAGCAAGGACGAGUUGAAGACUUGCUUCGUGGAACACAAUCAAGGCGAAGAUGCUGAUUUGAGCAUCCUAGAGUUCGUCUCAAAAGAUCCGGAACUUGCUGCCCAGGGCAGAGAGCGCAUUUCGACAGUUUUAAGCGAAGUAGGCUUCACCGCCGGGCCCGAGGGUCGCCAAUCACACAAAGUGGGGUCACUCUCUGGUGGUUGGAAGAUGAAGCUUGCCUUAGCUAGGGCUAUGUUGAUGGGCGCUGACGUUCUCCUUCUUGACGAACCGACCAAUCAUCUUGACGUGGCAAAUGUCAAGUGGCUGCAAGAGUAUCUGAAGAAGCAUACCGAGAUCACAUCUUUGAUUGUCUCCCACGACUCUGGCUUCUUGGACGAGGUUUGCACCGACAUCUACCACUAUGAGCAGAAAAAGUUGGUGUGCUACAGAGGAAAUCUGGCAGAUUUUGUCAAGGUAAAGCCUGAAGCUAAGAGCUAUUAUACCUUGUCAGCUUCACAGAUGCAGUUCAAAUUUCCACCACCAGGAAUCUUAACAGGUGUCAAGUCCAAUACCCGGUCGAUCAUUCGCAUGACAGGCUGCAGCUACACCUAUCCUGGUGCAUCGAAACCGAGCUUGAUGGACGUUUCCUGCCAGCUCACACUGUCUUCUCGCGUCGCGAUCAUUGGGGGCAACGGUGCCGGCAAAUCAACGCUAAUCAAGCUCUUGACGGGCGAAACCAUCCCGCAGACUGGGAAGGUCGAAAAGCAUCCGAAUCUGCGCAUUGGCUACAUCAAACAGCACGCCCUGGAACACGUGGAGAUGCAUAUGGAGAAGACGCCUAACCAGUAUUUGCAGUGGCGAUAUGCCAACGGAGACGAUCGAGAAGUGCUUAUGAAGCAAACACGCAUCCUGACAGACGAGGACCGAGCACAAAUGGCCAAAUACGUCGACCUUGGCGAGGGCAUGGGUCAAAGACAGGUGGAGAAUCUGAUGGGUCGACAGAAGUGGAAGAAGAGUUUCCAGUACGAAGUAAAAUGGGUUGGUUUGCUUCCGAAACAGAAUAGUCAAGUGUCACGUGAGACGCUGUUGGACUGGGGCUAUCAGAAGCUGGUCCAAGAAUUCGAUGAUCACGAGGCAUCUCGCGAAGGGCUUGGAUUCCGCAUCCUUGAGCCCAAAGUCAUAUCCAAGCAUUUUGAGGACGUUGGACUUGAUCCUGAAAUCGCUAACCACAACGAGAUCUCUGGUCUUAGUGGUGGGCAAAAGGUCAAGGUGGUACUUGCGGGAGCCAUGUGGAACAACCCGCAUCUGUUGGUACUUGAUGAGCCUACCAAUUUCCUGGACCGUGACGCUCUUGGAGGGCUUGCUGUUGCCAUUCGUGAUUACAAAGGUGGCGUCGUGAUGAUUAGUCACAACGAAGAAUUUGUUGGCGCUCUCUGCCCGGAGCAAUGGCAUGUUGCUGAUGGCAGGGUCACCCACAAAGGACAUCUCGCUGUCUCCCUUGAUAGGUUUGAAGACUCACGACCCGGCUCAAGCAACGUGAGCUCGGCAAUGAGCAGCGCCGCAGCAUCAGCCGUGAAUUCAGGAGCAGAAGAUACGAGUGAUAUGAAGUUCAAAGCAAAGAAGAAGAAGAAGCUCACUCGAGCUCAAUUAAAAGAAAGGGAUGUUAGGAGGAGACUGCGCCACAUUGAAUGGCUGAACUCGGCAAAAGGAACUCCCCAUCCGCCGGAUACGGACGAUGAGGCAUGA